GGAUGAAAAAGACCUUUACAUUUACUUUAGCCUGAAUGGGUUGAGCAUCUUAGGAACUACUGUAUUAAGCAGCAACAGUUACUAACAUCUGCAACAUUAUUUUAGAACACCUGUCUUUUCUUCAGGCAAGGGUACUGGAAUACUCACCAUUAUUUAUUGUAUAGUUGUCAUUGGAUACAGUACAGUGAGAAAUUCCACUGUUCAGUUUUGGAUUUACUUACAUUUCUUCUACUUGAAACUAAACAGGCAUUUCUAGAAAUCAACUGUUUGUGUAUGGAAAUAAAUGUUUGCAUUUUUAUCACCAGUUUUGUUCUUGAAAUAGUUUUUUUGUAGUAGCGAGCAGCAUAUUACCAGUGCCAUGAUUAAGCCUGACAAUUCAACCUUCUGAUACUGUUUCUUGGGAAUCUAUAUUCGUGACAACUGUCAACUUUGGUUUUGAACUUAUUAACACAUUGACAGGAGGAGAUAAUAAUAAGGUUUGAUUACUGCUACUGUAUGUUUGGAAAUAUUUCUGCUGGUGGGUUUUUCGAAACUGAGACAUAUUAGAAAAACCUCUUGUUUGGAUUAUUUUUUCUUGCAGAUUUAAGACCUGCAAUAUGUCUAUAAAUUUCUUCACACACUAGAAGCUUUACAGACCCUGCGGGAACCUGCACUGCGCUCUCUUUGUCGUACAGUGCACUACGAGAAACAUGAACCAAAUGAGUUGUUGUAUCGACAUGAUGAUUUGAGUCAUUGUUGGUACAUCCUACUGUCUGGUUCUGUUUUCAUCGACAGUGCUAUGUUCUUAGCCCGAAGCAGUUUUGGAAAACGAACUUCGGGUUCUGGACGAAGAGGCUCUGAAUGUUUGAUAUUAGAGACAUCCGAGUUAUUAGUAAUAGAAUAUCCUGAUGCUCAGCUUCUACAUCCUGGUCAAAGGCAAUCUUGUACGACGAUGAAUCUCGAGAAGCUCCUGGCCUUAGAACAAGAUGAGGUGAAGGUAGCCCCAGCGCGGUCAAACCAUGAAAGACAGUACCCACACAGUGACAGCGAGUCACUACCUUCAAUAAGACUGGAGAGGGCAGGCUCCUCCGCCAGUGACAGUAGGAAAAUGAAAGACCGUGUAGAAGGACUUCGCCGUGGUCCAAUGCAUGCUCCGAGUACACCCACAAGUAUUAGCAGUCGCAGUUCUGUUAGAAGUAGUAUCUCAAGCACAGGGAGUUAUUCGGAUUUAUGUGCAAAUAAUGAUAACUUUGAUUUAGAAUAUAAUGGCGGAGGUAUGGACUCGGACGAUGAGGAAACAAGUGAAUCUUCUGGGUCCAUCCUUGUCAGAGAUAUUGUUAGAGAUUGUCUCGAGAAGGAGCCGAGUGAAAGAACAGAAGAUGAAAUAGAAAUAUUGCUGGAUUUCAUGCGUCACCUGCCAGCGUUUGCAAACAUGACGAUGUCCGUGAGACGGGCGCUGUGCGCUGUAAUGGUCUUUGCUGUUGUUGGGAAAGGAGGAACUGUUGUUAUGAAAGACGAAGAAGAGCUGGACUCUUGGUCUGUUAUUUUGAAUGGCAGUGUCGUUAUCUCUCGGCCUGAUGGCCUCGAUGAGCACUUACAUCUUGGGGACAGUUUUGGAGUGAAGCCCACUUUAGAAAAACAGGUGCAUCGAGGGGUGAUGCGGACACAGGUUGAUGACUGUCAGUUUGUGUGUAUUACUCAGGAGGAUUAUUUCCACAUCCUUACUCAAGGAGAGGAGAAUAUUAGGAGAAUUGAAGAGAAUGGUACGGUUGUCAUGGUAACAGAGCAUCGUAUCUUAGAUGAGAGACGACAAGGACAUGUUGUGAUCAAGGCAACCAACGAUCGUCUUAUACAUCAUCUUAUUGACGAUCACUCCCCAGUGGAUCCAACCUUUGUAGAAGACUUUCUGAUGACAUAUAGAACUUUCCUGAAGACUCCAAGCCCUGUGUAUAAUCGGCUGCUAAGUUGGUUCCAUGAACCAGACCUUCGUGACAGGGUCACUAGAGUUGUUUUACUAUGGGUUAAUAAUCAUUACAAUGAUUUUGAAAGUAAUAGAGACAUGAUAGAAUUCUUAGAACGGUUUGAAGAAUUAUUAGAAGUAGAGAAUAUGUCAGGCCAGCUAAGGUUACUACAUAUUGCUGGUGCUGCUAAGGCUAAGAAGAGAACUGUGACCCUGGCUCGUUCUGAUAGGACCUCUCCGUUGUCUUUUACUAUCAUUGGUGGGUGGGAAAAGAAGAUGGGUUUAUUUAUAUCUAAAGUUGAAAAGGGCUCCAAGGCACAUGAAGCUGGCUUAAGGAGAGGUGAUCAGAUUCACGAGGUAAAUGGUCAUAAUUUUGAUCGCAUGAUGCAUGUGAAGGCGCUUGACAUCAUUCAAGGAACCACACAUCUUGUCAUUACAGUCAAGUAUAACACAUUAGCUUUUAGAGAUUUACUGGCAUCCCAGGAAGGUAGGAACAAUUCACAUCGACGAGCAAGCCAAGACAUUGCUCUUCUACAAGCUGACCCUCGUGCUAGGCAUACCAUGCCAGAUGCAAGUGUCUCACCAGAAAUUAAGGACAAAAAGGAUAAGAAAGGGCAUGGGUCCAUUGGGCAUAAGACGAAGCUAAGAAAGGCUAUUGCUAAGCUUAGUAUACUGCCAAAUAAAUCCAUGGAAGGAACUGAACAAAGGAGGGCUCAGGAUGAUACAAUUUUGAAACGGUCGACCACCACCAGUAGUCAGUCUAGUGGUAGUAGUCUCCAUCACAGCAGUAGUAAUCCUGACCUGACGUCACUUUCAACGCAACUCUAUGAACCCAUCUGGAGUGGCAUGCCAGAUCAUCCAGAACAUGUAUUGAAAGUGUUUGUCACAGACCCUCCUUCUGGUUGCAAGUACUUUCUGGUACAUAAGGAAACAUCUGCUAAGGAGGUAGUGAUGCUGGCAAUGCAAGAGUUUGGUCUUACUGGCCCACAAAACUUUGGCCGUUUUUCCCUGUGUGAGGUCACCGUUGCGAAUGAAGGUCUGAUUAAGCAGAAACGUUUUCCAGAACAUAUGCAGAACAUUGCUGAAAAGCUCAGCUUAAAUGGACGCUUAUACCUGAAAAACAAUGAAAGCUCGGAACCACUAGUUACAGAUGAUAUUGCAGUUGAGCUUAUGAAGGAAAGCCAAGUGAGCUUAUUGCAACUCAACACAGCUGAGGUUGCUGUCCAGCUUACUCUAAAGGAUUUUGAAGUGUUCCAAAACAUUGAGCCUACAGAGUACAUCGAGGAUCUGUUCAAGAUCAAAACUAAGCAUGGCACCGAUCGUUUAAAAGCUUUUGAGGAGCUGGUGAACCAGGAGAUGUUCUGGGUUGUAACAGAAAUAUGUAGCGAACCAAACAUCAUAAAGCGAAUGAAGAUUAUCAAACAUUAUAUCAAAUUAGCCAGACAUUGUAAAGACACCAAGAACUUCAACUCCAUGUUUGCAAUCAUUAGCGGUCUAGGACACGGCUCAGUGUCGCGGCUACGCAACACGUGGGACAAGUUACCCAACAAAUAUACGAAGACAUUUGUAGAUUUGCAAGAUCUCAUGGACCCAUCACGAAACAUGUCCAAGUAUCGGAAUCUAGUAAAUGCUGAGCAUGUACAUCCACCUACAAUUCCAUUUUUUCCAAUAACUAAGAAGGAUCUGACCUUUAUACACCUUGGUAACGACUCUGAAGUUGAGGGCCUCAUUAAUUUUGAGAAGUUGCGUAUGAUUGCAAAAGAAGUCCGUUUUAUAAUGGGCAUGGCAUCUACACCAUACGAUCCAAGAGGAAUGUUUGAUCAAUCCUCAGUGUUUGGUGCCCCCAAUCCAAGUGUCGCCCAUGCUGUCGUUGCUGCUGUGUCUGGUCCUACGCAACAACAGCGAAAGAAGAACAAUACCGCUAAGCGUGGAUCAACCUUCCUCAACCCCAAGAAGAUGUGGGAAGAGGCUCAGAUGGCUCGACGAGUUCGCCUGUAUCUUCAAAACAUGCAUGUGAUAACCAACGAGACGGAGUUACGAGAGCUUUCCCUCAAAUGUGAGCCUCUCCCAAGUUCAAACACGGGUACCUUAUCUAGACGCAAGUCCCUACCAGAUUUAGCUGUCAACGCAGUCAAUCAAACAAACAUCAAUGUCGUCACAUCGCCUGUCAAGAAAAACGAAAAGAACGAUCAGAUAAAGAAGAUCAUAUACAAAGACGCUCCCAAAACAUCAUUUGGGGCCACCUCACCAACCACCCUUCACAAGCUUCUAAUGUUAUCUGAAGAGGGCGACAGAGGACUAAAAUCUAUGCCCUUCAAUCGCAUUUCUGCUGCAAAUAACAACAGCUCAAAGGGGCCGUCUCCCCGGCACUCACCCAAAAUGCAGCCGCACGGGCGCAGGAAAGAGGUGCCGGGGACCAGAGACACAGGUAUGAACCCUGCUCCACCCCUACUGCGGUCGCAACGGAGUGACAGCGGGCUUAGCAUGAGUAGUAUGGGUAGUCUGGACAUGUACAAUUACAAACGAAGGCAUACGGUGGCAGCAGGCAGUUCAGGCCCACCCUCAAUAACAUUCAGCAGCUCGUACGAAAGCUCUGACUCAGGUCAAAGUGGGCUUUCAUCCAACUAUGACACACAGAGUAACUCGUCACUAGGCUCGGCAUCGCCGCCAGUCAAGGACAAGAGGAAAGGCCAGCGAGAGCCAGCAGCAUCGAUCUACACCUCGCCCCCUCCGAGAUCUGCAGAUACACCUGACAAUGGUCAUGCACACCGGAUGCUGACACCUCCCGACUAUAAUACCGCUAGAAAGAGAUCUACUUCUUCACUAGCUGUACUCUACAGUGCUCCACGACAAGAGAUGAUAGAAAAAAAGCCACCAAAUUAUGCUGUUGCAAAAACAAUGACAAGGAAUUUAGGUGGUGUACGUUCUAGGUCUUGUGACUAUUACGAUUCAGAUGAGGAACAGGUAUCUGUAGUAUGACCUCCUUGUAACCGUGGUAACUGUAUCUAAGCUACAUCCACAUUCCAGUCACCUGGAGAGACGAGAAUGAUAUGCUCACAGAUUUCAUGGUGCUUUUGGUGUCUCUGUAAUUUAAUGGAUCUAAUAAUAUAUUUAAUAUCUUACAAAUCUCUGUAAUAUCUACAGUAACCCCUUGGAUUGGUGUUGUAUAAGGAUAAACAUUUGUCAAGAUCUGUAGAACAAGAUUUAGUAUUAAGCUCCCUUUCCAUGCUGAUCUGUCCAUAUAUGGGUAUGAUGAUGUAAUGUCAUCCCAUAUAUGGGCAAAUCACAAGUAUUUGGCAUUGAAAACUUGAUAGUAUGGACUAUUAAGCUUUAGAUACUGUGUCAGGUUGGGCUACUACUUAAAUGAAAUUCUUCAAAUGUUAUAUUGUAUAAGAGUCUUGAUAUUUAUUAGCCAUGCUGCUUUCUAAAACUGCAAUUAUCUUCCCAACCAAUCGUAAUCUGCUAUGAAUAUUCAUAGAAAUCCAUACCAGAUAUGAUGUAAGAAACAGACAUAUGAGAAUAUAAAUUAUUGGAGUGAACAAAUAUGUGUUUUGCAGGGUCUGAAUUCUAAGAACAUUUUUUUUUUGGUGUGUGGGGGGUGGGGGCAGAGGGGUAUUAGAAUGGGAGAUGAAGACAAGCCUAGAACAGCAAGGUGAUGAAAGAAGAGGGGUGAGGUUGCAUCUUAUAUAACAUGAUAUAGACUCCGUCAGUGGUUGGGAUCAAGAUAUAUUGUGUAGUUAUAUAGAUUUUUAAAAUGUACUAGUAACGUGUUUCUUUUAUCUGAGGUCAACAAAAUAUUCUCAUAAUAAUAAAUCUAUAAUAAUUUUAAUGGUAGUUAGUAUUUAUCUGAAUUAAUAUACUUUUAAAUAGCUUCUGAAUGUUGUCUUGGGUCUGUGUAAUGUUUCUUCAAUAUAUGCUAUUACUUUGUGGCAGUAGACAGUUUCCCUGUAACCACUGCCAUUCUUUAAAGAUGCAAAGUUAUGUCUAAAAUAUAAUAUUUUGUAAUCCUUGUUUCAUAUAGAUAUUCUAGAUAAAAUAUUAUUUUACGAUACAUUGUUAUUUUACUGAAAAAUCUAAGCAAGAAGAUCUACAGUUGGAUUUUGAUGCACACCGUAUAGAAGACAAGUAGAAAAAUGCAUCAUUUUGCAGAUGCUCCAACUUUCCAUUAGAAGAGGAGUGAAUAGAAAAGAAACUCAAGUGUUACCCCAAAAUUACUGGCAAUACAUUAGAAUAGGGAAACAAGAAACCAAAGUUAUUCUUAUCUUAAUAUUAUACUCAGUUCACAUAAGACAAAAGGUUAGAGGGGACAAGUACAACAGAGAAUGUAACAUAUGUCUCCCCCCAGUCCUAUAGCGCAUCCAUGUCAAAUUGAAUCAGUGUAAUCACUGUGGAGUUUGCAUUCUUCGAUGCAAUAUCCAUAUAAGAUAAAACAAACAUCGCAGAGGCCUGUAAUAGUCUUGAAUAAUUUAGCUUGGAUAUUCUGUGCGUGAUCACAAUGGCGUGAAAUAUAUCUUCACCAUCUGCCUCACUAGCUGUUACGACCAAAAAAAAUAUACGGUAUAAUUAUAAUUACUGUAGUAUAUUAUUAAUCAUCCAAUUUGAAAUUCACAUCUAUAGGUCAAUAAAUUAUGUUAAUGCCGAAGAUGCCUAGUUAGAUCGUAAACAAUUAGCGCUCUCAACUAAAGAAAAAACAAUUAAAUUAUACAGACUUUUAGCAAGGUUUGAGUAUGAACGUGUGAACAUGAAUGUGAAUUUGGAUUUUCUCUUGAACAUGUAAAAUUCUGUCUUGUGUAAAUUGGGUAGAAGUAAUUUUUUUUCUUAAUUUUACUUCUGCUAAGAAAUAGAUACUCUAAAUACUUUCUAUUUUCAAUUUUAUUUAUUUUUUUAUUUUUUGUAGAACGUAAUAGUUUAAAUGAACACUUAUAUGGUGCAUCUUCAUUUUAUAACUGUGCUAAUUACUUACUUUAUUUUAGAUUAAUUUGUUAUGUCAAGAAUUAGAAGUUCCCAAAAAGUAAAUGUUUAAUUUAUGAGGAAUACAAAAUAUUUUGAUCUGUAUCAUUUAAUACUAAUUCUUUCGGGUUUUUUAAAAAAUGAAAUUGAUAUCAAUAUUAGCAUUUGUGAAGCUAGGCAUUUAUUUUUUGAUAUUAAAUAAAGGACAAUUAAUUAACAGUUAAUAUGAUGGAUGAAUUGGAAUUUUUACAAUGAAUUUGGUUCCAAAUUUGAUAUAUUAUUAUAAAAUUUGUGAUAUUUAUUUAUAUUGCUUCAGUUCCAUAGCUGGUCUCAUGAUUCGCUGUAUGUCUGUAGUGUCGUUAAAUGAAAUUACACGUUAACAAAUAUAUAGGAAUAGCCUUGAUCAAAUAUGUCAACCUUUGCCCUUUUGUGCAAUUUAGUAACUUGAAUAUAUUAGCAUAUUUGCAUACAUAUCCUAACACAGGCUUGAUAUAGCUGGAAAAGAAAUUUUAGAUACAAUAAAUGUAUGAUUAUAGCUGUGAUACUAAAAGUAGGCCUAGUCAUGGUUGUUUUCAGUAGAUUAAAUUGUGCGACAGUGGUAUAGAAGUAAUUCCAAGCUAAACACAACAGUAAGAUGAUCUUAUCAUAGUUAACGGUUAUAUUUAUACCCGCUUCCGUAUUUUAUACCAUUGAUCAUAGGCGCCAACUUAACAUAGAUAGUUAUUUAAGUUUAAAGUGGUAAUUAUUUACGUAAUUUGGUUUAUUUAGUCAGACAUUAGACAGUUCCUAGUAGGCCUAUAUAACACAUUUAAAUCAAGUGGUAACCAACAAUUUAACCAAUUUUGUUAUUCUAGUGAAUUUAUCUAAAAGAUCAAACUACUCAAUAAAAAUAUUUGGUAUAAGAAUUGUGUGUCAUCAAAACUAAAUUAUGAUACGCAUCAACCAGGGUACGAAUUUGAAUAUCUGCUAGGCCAAUUAAAUAUGUUUUGGGGGAAAACACAGUGAUUCUACAGCACUGCUUGUAAAAGUUAAAUAGGGUGAAAAUACAAAACAUGGCCCAAGUAGUGAUAGAAACAAUGAAACAUACUUCCAUGAAGGCAUAUGCUGAAGAUCAUUAUACAUCCGUAGUUCCUUGGGUAUAUGCCCACCCCAACCUAUACAUUCGUCUUUUGACUUACCAGCAUUUUCCCAUCUAAAAAAGCCUAGGGUAAUAUUUUUGAAUCAUUAUCUCAGAAAAUAAACCAAGAUUAGCUUUAAAUUGGAUUUAACGUUUGAUUGGCCAUUCAUGGAGAGUCAAAAGUUGUUUUUAUGAACAGGGCAAUCCUUGGGUAUAAGCUUACUCCGUUAAUUUUUCCCACUUUUGUGUUCAGGGGGUGGGGGCUUAUACCAGGGGAACUAUAGUAUACAUGUUUAUGUUAAUGAUAAACUAUUCAAUUUCAAAUGUUUGCUACUACUGUAUUUACAGUAUUGUGCAUAGGAUUUGUUUUUAGAACAUGGACUUUAGAAUUAUGUCCACCUGAAAAUUUGAUAUCAAAACAGAUUAUGAAAAUUAGAAUCUAAAUGGGCCUGAACCCAAAUUUACUUUCUUGUAUCAUGUAAACUUUGCGAAAAAAAUGAUUUUUCGAUUUGGCAGUGCAGUACCAAAAUUAAAACCAAAUAAAUUCAGUACACACAAUAAACUUCCAAGUAUCCUAUAAAAUGUUGAAUGCCGAAUUUAAUUUGUUUGUUAUAAAUUUCUAGAGGUCAGCAUUCUUUGUCAAUUUAUCCUCCUUAGGACAGUCUUUUGUACCUAGUUUGAUCUAAAGAAGGAUAGUUUUACAGUUUGCUGGUCAAGCAAAGACAGAAUAGUAAUAGAAUAUAGUAGAAGUUUUGAUAUUGAUUUCAAUAAAAUAGAUUGACAUAAAAUGUGAACAUUUACACAGAAAACAAUUUUGCUUAUCCUUAUAACCAAAAUAUAUACAUAAUUUGUUAUGUAUGAAUUAAAUAUAGUGUGAUUUAUUCUUAAGUGACCAAUUGCAAAGUAUUUUUUAAUGUAAAGUGGUUGUUGAAAUUUUAAUCAGUUUUCUGAAUAUAGGAAAUGGAGAAUCUACGAUUGUUUUAUUGUAAUGUUUAGUGAAAGAAGUCUGUAUAAAUGAAUUUAUAGUUUUGCACAUAAGGUUAGAAGUGUUUACCAGCCUUGCCAAUACUAAAGAAUGUAUAUGAACUACUGUUUUGUGUUUUAUAAUCUUAUUUACAUUUUACCUACACUAGAAUAACAUUUCUUACUGUUAUUUUUACUCUCUUUUUUUUCUGUUGCUCACCCACCUUAAUUGAAUAGAAAAAGAGCUGUUUUUUUUUUUUUUCCGCUCUGUAGAAAUAAUUUUACCUCAAGUGUUUUAAGAAAAAAAAUACAGUCAAGGAGUUGAAUUGUAUUUUUAAUGGCAUACAAUUUGUAAUAUACCUUGAUAAUGUCUUAUUUACUCCUGGAUUAUUGAUAUAAAAUCUGUAUAUAAAGCUAAAUCAAGAAUUAUUCCAGUACCAAAUGUUGAUCAAUUUUAAAAUGAAAUGUUUAAGAACAAUACCCUGAUUUUGAUUACAAAUUUAAUCCUUGUAUUCCAUGCUAAUAUGCUGUCAUGAAGGACUCAAUGUGGAUGUUUGGAUGAAAUAUAGAUGUACUGUAUAUAAAAUAACUAUCCAAUGUAUAUCUGCAUUAUUUGUGGCUAUGUAUACCACUGUUGAAGCUGCCAUCCAGCUUGAUCAAAUAUGUUUUAAUACAGUUUCCGUGAAGGUGACUGUUUACUGUGGAUAUUUUAAUCAUGUGUUGUAUUUUCUGUGGUUCAAUGCUGGCCUGUACACUUUGUUUUAGUGUUAAAAUCUGUACAUAGUGGGUCACUGCUGAGUCAAUAGUUACAUAUAGAAGAUAUUUUGUUCUUCCAGAAGGUACAUACAAUAAAGUCAAUUUAAUUACAAA